AUGCAUCAACACAGCUGCUCACAAGUUAAGCUCAGCGAGUUCAGUGUUACCCAACAUGGAUCCCUGAUGCUGGAGAACGUACAGAAAGACAAUUCUGGGGAGUACAAGGGCAUCGUCUAUAAUGCAGAAGGAACCUUAAUAAAGGAAACUGUACAACAGUUCUGUGUACUGGAGCCAGUGCCUGAUCCUACAGUUUUGGUCGAGUGCAUAGAAAAAGGAGUAAAUCUGACUUGUAGUGCAGUGAACAACAAUGCAGUUGUUGUGUCCUGGAUGAAAAAUGGCAUGAAGGCUAAUGCGACACAUGCUGUUUUACACGUCAGCUCAUCUGAGCUCAAAUCUGGAGAUAAUUUUUCAUGCACAGUCAGCAACAUGAUAAGCCACAAGUCAGCAAAAGAAGUUGAGCCAGUGUGCUCUGACACAGGCUUAGAUAUUUGGUGGAUGCUGGUGAUCCUGACAGGGGGAGGAAGUUUCCUCCUCAUACUCUUCAUCAUCUGCCUAGUCUGUGUCUGCUGCUGCAGCAGACGAAACAAGAGGAAAGCAAAAGAGGAAGAAGAGUACCGGCUUACAUCUCUAAUGCCAGAUCACACAAAUCAGCCUGAGGAGCAGUACAUGCAGCAAACCACAUUGCAGAGGCCUUCCAAAAGCCAGCGUCCUCUUCCACCCUUACCCAGCCCCCAAGGUCCUCCUUGUGUUGCACCCCCAUAAGAGAACAACCUAGACUUCAAGAGACAUUGAGACUAAU